AUGCAGCCCCAGUACAAUGAGGAGGCCAAGCCUUUCGCUUACGACUACGCCGUCAACGACCGCUACUCCGGAGCCAACUUUGCCAAGAAGGAAGAGAGCGAUGGCCACAACACCCAGGGAUAUUACUCGGUGGCUCUGCCCGACGGCCGUCUCCAGUACGUCAAGUACGUCGCCGACAGCUACGGCGGCUACAACGCUGAAGUCACCUACGAGGGAGAGGCCCAGUACCCCGAGUACCAUCCGGCCCCUGCCUACAAAGCUGCCGCUCCGGGUUAUAACCCUCUCCACAAGCCUACCUACAGCCAUCCCGCCCCGGCAUUCAAGCCUGUGACAUACUAG